AUGAAUAAAAAUGUUAAAAAUUGUAUAUAUGUUGAUGAUCUUGUUAUAACAUGUGCCACAAAAACUGUUGGAGAAAGCAGUAGAUAUCUACAAGAUGCCAUAAACCAAGUUGUAAAAAAUGCUAGUGUUAAUGGCUUUAAAUUAUCCAAGCAAAAAACCCAUGUGAUGCAUUUCUGCAAAUCGCAUCGGCCCCACUAUCAUCCACUGCUUUUCAUGGACAAUUGUCCUCUUGAACUUAGAACUGAAACUAAAUUUCUAGGUUUAAUAUUUGAUGAAAAACUUACGUGGAAAUCACAUAUAAAUGGAUUAGUGUUACGGUGCAAGAAGGUUCUAAAUCUUAUUAAGUGUCUCUUCCAUACCACAUGGGGGGCAAGUACGGAAAUACUUACCCAGCUCUAUAAAACCUUAGUUCGUUCAAAGAUAGAUUAUGGCUCGGUGGUAUACUCUACUGCUUGCAAAUCUACCUUACAGCUCCUGGACCGUGUACAAAAUGCAUGUUUAAGGCAAGGUCUUGGAGCUUUUUACACAAGCCCGGCAACUAGCCUAUGUGCUGAAGCGGGAAUAGAGCCCCUUAAAUACAGAAGGAGGAAGCUAGCGCAAUCCUACCUCACUUCGGCAUUAGCAAAUCCUAGCCAUAUAGUGAGAGAAACAAUGCUAUCCCGUCAUAUGGAAGAACAUCUGCAUAUGAUAACCAAUGAAAUCCCUUUCGAAAAUCCUCCAUGGCUAAUACCUGAAACUGAAGUAAUAUUAGACCUGAACAAACUAAAACGUCAAGACACAUCGCCUGAAAUAUAUCAACAAAAGUUCCAGAAAAUACUAGACCAAUACAACGAAAAAAUUGUUAUUUAUACUGAUGGCUCCAAAACACAAACUGGUGCUGGAUGUGCAAUUAUUACCAACGGGUCAACUUUCCAAUGGACUUUGAGACAUGAAGCCUCAGCUUUCUUCACAGAACAUUUUGCAAUCUGGAAAGCCUUAUCCUAUGUCAUCGAGGAAUAUAAUCAAUCUAGAGUUUUAAUUGUUUCUGACUCUUUAGAGAUCGUGUCUGAAAUUAAUGACAUAUUUGUCCAUGAUCCUCUGAAACAAAAAAUUCAGACGCUUAUUCGAGAGUGCAGCGAAAAGGGAAACAAACUCACGUUUGUAUGGGUCCCCAGCCACACUAAUAUACUUAGCAACACAAUGGCAGAUGAAACUGCUCAGCAAGCUGCUAGAAGAGAUACCAUUGAUUUCCAUUAUAUUAGUAAAUAUGAUCUUAAAGUUCUACUGCAUAAAAGAACAGAAAGGGAAUGGCAGGAUGAGUGGGCAGGUACAUCAAAGCUUUGCGCAAUAAAACAGGAUCCGUCAACCCCAUCCUUACCUCUUGCACUAGGAUGA